AUGAAGGACCACCCAGAUGUCGAAAAGGUCAGGACAGGCAGCGCCGACAGCGACGCCGAGCGCCUGGCCGAGAUGGGCUACUCCCAGGACAUGAAGCGCAAUUUCUCAGUGUGGUCUGUCCUCGGAGUAGGCUUUUCUCUUACAAAUUCCUGGUGGGGAGUGUCUGCGGCGCUCAUCACUGGUGUCAACUCUGGAGGCCCAUGCCUGCUCGUCUACGGCACCAUUCUACUUGCACUUGUCUCUGUGGGCGUUGCCGUCUCUCUAUCCGAGUUGGCUAGUGCCAUGCCCAACGCAGCUGGGCAAAUCUUCUGGGCUGCGGAACUUGCUCCUAGGCGUUAUGCUCGUGCAGCGUCCUACAUCACCGGGUGGUUAGCCUGGGCGGGCUCCAUCUGCGCCUCGGCGAGCGUGGCUCUCUCCAUCUCUUCGGCAGCAGUUGGUUGCUACCAAUUGUCUCACCCCGACUUCGAAAUCAAGACGUGGCAUGUUGUCGUGUGUUAUCAACUGGCCAACGCCUUCAUCUUCCUCUUUAAUUGUGUUGGGAAACUCCUCCCAACCAUCGCCUCGAUCUCACUAUACACAACCCUCAUCUCGUUUGCCGUGAUUCUGAUAGCCGUUCCGGCUUCGGCAGAAACACACCAGGACCCAAAGUUUGUCUUUGCCACGUUCAUCAACAAUACUGGAUGGACUCAGAACGGCAUUGCCGUCAUCGUUGGCCUCAUCAAUGUCAAUUGGGGAUUUUCUUGCCUGGACACGGCCAUUCAUUUGGCCGAGGAAGUGCACAGCCCUGAAAAGAUGGUCCCGAUCGCCAUCAUGGGGACCGUAACCAUCGGCUUCAUCACGUCAUUUGGCUUCAUCAUCUCCAUGCUCUUCAGCCUGACUAACUUUGAGUUGGUGUCAACAACCGUAACCGGAGUACCCAUGCUGGAACUCUUCCAUCAGGCACUUAGACACAAAGGCGGCGCCAUUGCCCUUGAAGCGCUCAUCAUCUGCACUGGCGCGGGUUGUUUGGCUGCCUGCCAUACAUGGUCAUCCAGACUGUGCUGGAGUUUCGCUAGAGAUGGCGGUCUGCCUUUCUCGAACUUCCUUGCACGAAUUCAUCCCCGUCUAGGCGUGCCAUUGAAUGCCCACGCAACAAGCUGUGUCUUGGCGUCCAUCUUGGGCUGCCUCUAUCUCGCGUCUAUUGCGGCUUUCAACAGCAUUCUUUCAGGAUGCAUUGUACUCCCCUAUUUGUCUUACUCGAUUCCCAUCACAUUUCUUCUAAUCCGAGGCCGCGAAAACAUAGCUCAUGGCCCAUUCUGGUUGGGUCGCUUCGGACUAGUCUCUAAUAUCGUCCUUCUCUGCUGGGUUCUCUUCACAUUUGUCAUGUAUUCAUUCCCGGCUUAUCAACCAGUCGAGGCAAGCAACAUGAACUACGUUUCCGUGGUUUAUGGCAUUGUGUUUCUUAUUGCGGUAGUGGACUGGGUCUUUAGGGGCAAGAAGGCAUUUGAACCUCCAGUGGGCCGUCAUGAUGAGAUUGAAGGUGUCCCGGCUUAA